AUGGAAGAGGCACAAGGAGAGGAGGAGGAGGAGGAGGAAGAGGAAGAAAGGAAGGAGAGCGAGGAGGAGAAUGAGACCAGCCUUCCCAUACCCAACCAGAGGCUACCCAGGCCCAGGCAGGACAGAGACAGCGAGGGGAGCGAAGGGGACAGGGGUGCAGAGACAGCCCCCUUCUCUUUCCUCAUGUCUCUGGACGCCGAUCCGGCGGAGUCCGAGUCAGGGGCCAGUCUCUCCGAGGCUAGCGUUUCAGGGGCCAGCGUCUCAGGGCUGUCCCUCACAGAGGCCUCGGCCCUGACAGGCUGGCACACCCUGGCAACCCCAGCGCAGCCCCGGAGCCCGCCUCUUCCUGGCCCCUGGCUCAAACCCAGCCCACAGAAACUGAGUCAGGUCUUUGAGGGGAACGGACUGAAGGGGCGAGGAGGAGGGCUGUGACACUGACCGCUAGCUGAAAAACAGAACAAGGCGUCAAGCGCCUGCUGCUCCAUUCAUCCCGACCACUGCUCCACCAGGACCAAGCCAUUAUGUUCAAACUCAACACUGUGCAAGCUCAAUACAUGCUCCUGCAAACUUCUUGACUGUUGCCAAUUUCAUCAGACAUAAACAAACCACUACUGCCAUCUAGAGGAUACUAGCCUUUUUAUGGCCAUACCAGCAGUGCUGUAUAUGUAUUAUACAGUACUGUAUUUGCCAAUUCCUGACAGGUAUCCUCAUUUCACACCUGCAACAUAUAUGCAUAUACAUAUAUCUCCUGUGGGUCUUUAAAUCUGUAACUUUGUCUGUCAGUGGCAAAUACAUUUUCACUCAUUCUGAGUUUAUCCUUUUCGUUUGAGUCAUUUUGCAGAAUUUUUACAUCUGUUUUGGGGAGGGUGUCAAAGAACAAUGGAGCAUAG